AUGUUUGAUAGAGGAGCCAAUGUUGGUUUUGAGAUUAUCACAAAGAAAGGCUUUGUUUUAUCGAAUAAUAUAAAAGUCGAGCAACCUCUCAUCUUAAUAAACGGAACACCAUUUUUGUGGAGAACACCGCCUCGGUCAGAGAAUACACAUAUGCCUAUGAAAGAUUGGAGCUUGGAUGCCUUCAAAAUAUUUGAGUUGGUUUCGCCCAAACCCGAAUUGAUUAUGUUCGGCACAGGUAGAGAUAUGGCCCCUAUUCCAGAACAUAUUCGCCAAUUUUUUUUCAAACUGGGCAUCCAAGUUGAUCAAAUGAAUACAAAACAUGCAGCUGCAACGUACAAUGUGUUAGCGGAAGAAGGAAGGAGAGUAGCAGCGGCUUUAUUACCACUUGAUGAAUAA